AUGGCUCGUACUAAGCAAACUGCUCGUAAAUCGACCGGUGGUAAGGCUCCUAGGAAGACACUUGCUCAAAAGGCUGCAAGAAAAUCAGUUCCUAGGUCUGGUGGUGUUAAGAGGCCUCAUCGUUUCCGUCCCGGAACUGUCGCUCUUCGUGAAAUUCGCAAGUACCAGAACAGCACUGAGCUUUUGAUCCGUAAACUCCCAUUCCAGCGUCUUGUUCGCGAAAUAGCCCAAGAUUUUAAGGUUGAACUGAGGUUCCAGAGCCACGCAGUGUUGGCAAUCCAGGAGGCGGCCGAGGCAUACCUUGUGGCUUUGUUUGAGGACACUAACUUGUGUGCCAUUCAUGCUAAGAGGGUCACCAUCAUGCCUAAGGAUGUUCAGUUGGCUCAUCGUAUUCGCGGCGAGCGUUUCUAA